GGCGGCCAAGAGCGGUCACUUGCAUUCAUGCAUAUGCAUAAGUGCUGUGCCGCAGAGGAGAUGAGCGCCGUGGUGCAGUAUGCAGCAUUGAAAAGGCUUGUAGCCUUGAUUGGAUGAGGUGAAAGACGGGCAAUUGUGACAUCAUGGAGCCUCAUAAUGAGAUUCCUAGUGGAUAACUAGAUAAUACUCUCUAGUUUUCUUCACCAUCGAUCAAUUGUCUGAAUAGCCUUCUAGUGUCCUCGCUCACCUCGCCCGCCCGUCAUGCCAGCCAUAUCAGUCAUGCCCAAUGGGGACAAGCCUCCCCCUUCGCCCCAAAGCCAGAGACCAGCGUCCCAGCAGCCAUCCGGUAGCCAAGCAUUGGCAGAUCUCCUAAAGCUACUGAGCUCGAUCCCAUCCAGUUCCGAUUAUCAGGUUGCAGAAGAAAUCUUCAACGAGAUGGCUGGUCUUCGAGUGCGACUACAAACCAAGGAGAAGGAACUGGAACAAGUCAGAAUAGAAAAGACUAUUGCUGUAAAAGAGAUGUUCCAGGUGAAUGAGGAACAGAGUUCAAAGCAAAAGGAGACUGCAUCAGAGAUAGAGUCUCUCAGCAGAUCAGUUCAGGAGGGAAAGGACACUAUUUCUCAGAAGGAACGAGAAAUCCGCGACUCUGAGGAUCGAUACAAAAAGGUUCAGGUAGACUACACCAAAGCGCAGUCAACCUUGAACACAGCCCAACGCGAUAUUGACAGCCUACAACACAAGUUGAAAGAAAAAGAUGUCCUUAUUGACAAAAUAAAGAGCUCCCACUCUGAUAACCUGCAACGCUUGAAGGCGGCAGAGGGAGAGGCUAAAGAGAUAAGAAAGGAGAAGUCUGUUUUGACUGAGUCAUUGCAAACAACAAAUGCCUCGCUAGACAAGAUCAAGGGAUAUGCAGCUCCACAUUCCGGCUGUGAUGAAGAUUCCAUGGUAGAUGCCUUUAUUGAAUUGUGGCAAUACGCCACCACCGAGAUCAAUCUGCACUUGAAUAAAGACCUCUCUGAGGCGGUUUUGCAGAAUCAUUCAAUCUGGGACGGAUUCAAACGGAAGAGCAACCUUGCUGCUGAGCACCAUGUCCCACUUCCCCAAUCCAACUCGCCGGCAGCGAAGCAAAUGCGGCUGGCUGUAUUCCUAGCUAUUCUGGCAAGGGAGGUCGAUAGACAAAUUUUCCAGCCCACCUACAUCGUUCCCGAAGACGCGGGAGUUCGAGACACUCUCGCCAGACUCGCAGCUUGCGACAACGAGAAAGAAUCAUUCUGCCGGUCUAUUCUUCUUUCAAUUGACCCAGACAGAGAGAAAACCAUACUUCAGUCAAGGAUCCAAGCGGUCGUUAGGCAUGUUUCUUCGUAUCUAUAUGAUAUGCUCCCUGAAGACCAGUUUCCCAAACUCCGCGCAAGUAUCGGGAAAAUAGCCGAAAGGGCUGCUGAUGUCUGGCAUCCCUUCCAGCGGUCCCUGGAAAGAUAUGAACCGGACUUUGAGCCUCUCAAGUGGGGAGACGACAAAUGGAGUCCACUACAUCUUCCAGAGGGAAGCUCCGCAGAAAGUGAAACCAGCCCGAACCCGUUGGAUGACUGUCUCAUUACUGUGUUCCCGCGCAUUACAGUGGUGGAGAGAGCUAAUCGUUUCCCGCUCACUUACGUUGUGCAAUUGAGAAAAUCGCACCCGCAGUGUUUGGCAGCAGGAAGAGAGCUGGCCAAUGUACCCACCAGCCCCAUUCUUGGUCGGGUUGCAUCAAAUCGAUCUCGGAGGAGGUCAAAUGCUCCCAGCGAUGCUGGCCAUGCAAAUGGCACCCUGCCAAUGAAGACAAGGCUCCAAGCUCCUUGAUUAGGCGGGUAAAGGAUUUUGCUAGGAUUGUAACUGCGCUUCUGUAAUAGUCCAGCCACAUAUGCUUAUAUUUGAGGUUUCCUGGGAUAAAUUGACACCGGUU